AUGACAUUAUCUUCAUUUCAUCUUAUUAUAAAACAAUGUUUUAAUCAAUGGCGUACAUUAUCAUUUCGUACAUUUGUCGUAAUUAAUCAACGACAAUUAUCAACAAUAGAAAAUGAAAACAAAGAUUCUAAAAGACAAGAAAAAGAAAUUCUUGUACAAUCUCAAAAUAAUCAAAUACAAAUAACUACAUUUACACAAAAAGUACAACAAGUUGCUAAAGAUACUAUUUAUUCACUUGUUGUCGUUGCUGGAGUAGUUGCAUUAGGUGGAUUAUGUUAUCUAAUUUUACAUGAACUCUAUUCAAGAGAAACACCUAAUGGUAUUUAUAAAGAAGCAUCAAAAAUUUGUUUAGCAAAUACUGAUGUACAAGAAGCAUUAGGUUUACCGAUUAUAGUACAUACAACCCCUCAAAUUGGUUCCAUGCGGAUCAAUAACGUUCGUGCAAGAACGUUUGUUGAAAAAGGACAUCGAAGUAUGACUGUUUCUUUUUAUUUGACUGGUAAACAACGAUCCGGUGUUGUUGCUGUUAAAGUUCAAAAAAAUAUUUGUAAUAAAUUUGUCUAUGAUUAUAUUCUUGUUCAACUUGAUCAACCAUGGCAUAAUCAAAAUAUAAUUCAAGUUCAUUCAAAUGUCAAUCCACCAUCUUUUACAACAAAAAAUAUUUCAUCUUGA